AACCCAGCACAGCACAACACACUUAGCUUACUGAAUAUUAAGUUUAGUGUGCAAAUUAAAGUGAAGAUUAGAAAAAUGGGUGAAGUUGCAGCAGCUUUCCCCGGGGGAAGUGAAAUGAGGAAUGGGAAUGGGCAAAGAAAGAGCUGUUGGUAUGAAGAGGAGAUUGAUACGGACUUGAGAUGGUGCUUUGCUCUUAACAGCAUACUGCACACAGGAGCUAGUCAGUAUCAGGACAUUCAGCUUCUGGACACAAAGCCCUUUGGAAAGGCACUGGUGAUUGAUGGAAAGCUGCAGAGUGCUGAAAUUGAUGAAUUUAUCUACCAUGAGUGCCUUGUUCAUCCACCAUUGCUUCAUCAUCCCAAUCCGAAAAGUGUGUUCAUCAUGGGAGGUGGUGAAGGUUCUACUGCCAGAGAGUUACUGAGGCACAACACAAUUAACAAGGUUGUCAUGUGUGACAUUGAUCAGGAGGUGGUGGACUUCUGCAAAUCAUAUUUGGUGGUUAACAGGGAAGCGUUUUCUGAUCCAAGACUUCAUCUUGUCAUUAAUGAUGCCAGGGCUGAGCUUGAAAGCAGAGAAGAGGGUUAUGAUGUGAUCAUUGGGGACUUGGCAGACCCCAUUGAAGGUGGGCCUUGCUACCAACUUUACACCCAAUCCUUUUAUCAAACCACUGUCAGACCAAAGCUCAAUCAAGGUGGCAUCUUUGUCACUCAGGCGGGACCAGCUGGGAUUUUUAGCCACACUGAGGUUUUCUCUUGCAUCUACAACACUCUCAAACAAGUUUUCAAAUAUGUUGUGCCUUAUUCUGCUCACAUACCUUCCUAUGCUGACACAUGGGGAUGGGUCAUGGCGUCAGACAGCCCAUUUGAAGCGAGUGUGGAUGAGUUAGACAGGAGAAUGAAGCAGACAGUGAAAGGGGAGAACAGAUAUCUUGAUGGCAACACUUUCUCAUCUGCAUCAACCUUAAGCAAAGCAGUCCGCAUCUCAUUGGAGAAUGAGACUCAUGUUUAUACAGAAGGAAGCGCAAGGUUCAUUUAUGGAUAUGGUACUGCCUGCACACACAACCAAGCUUGACAACACCUACAACUUGCAUUAUAUUAUUGUUAUUAUUAUAGCGCGCAGAUCUCAAGUCAGAGUGACACAAGAGUGCGUGGCAACUUUAAAAUAUAUAUUACUAUUAUGUUUUGUUUCUCUAUGUAUUCUGUUCAUCCAUCUUAAACGUGCCCCUCGCUCCCCCCUCUCUACCUUAGCUUCCUAAAACAAUAUAAUGUAUGUAGGAACUAACUUUAAUUUCAAAAGAAAAAAUAUGAAGCCCAACCAGGCUAUGAAUCUGUACUGUUUUCUCGGAAAAAAUAGCCAUUUUAAUUAAGUGACUAUUGUGUGGUAAUAUAAGUGGGGUCCACUUUCAAUUUGA